GUGAAAGAGAGAGAGGAGCGGCAACAGCAAGACGACAGCCAGCGAGCUCUCGACUUUUACCCGCUUCCUCGAAUCCUCCGCUCUCUCUUUCCCUCUCCAAAGCAAGAAAAGAAGACCACGGCGGACGAAACCCAUUCUCCAGGGCAAAGUAGGCGGAGAGGAGAAGAGGAGGAGGAGGAGGAGGAGAAGGGAUCCGAAUUCUUCGUCAUUUCUCUGAGAUAGAGAGUUCCUCACGGUUUCCCAAACCGAUCUCUCUUUCCUUCUCUCGUCCCGGCCUCGGCGCUCAGAUCGCUGCUGGCUGAGGUGUUGGACGGGGUAGAGGUCUCGCGUUGCCCUCGUCGGUUUGGUGAUCUCAGGCGCGGGUUCGGUUCCCUUCUUUUUUUCUUGGCGUUUGGAUUCUGAUUGUUCGAUCGCGUUCGCCUUGUUGGGGCUUGCAAGACUGGAUAUUGGAGUGCGCUUCUUGGUUCGGACGGACGGGCUGUUUGUUCCGAUCUUUGUGAGAAGCUUUUCGAAACGGUUUCAGUUGUUGAGAUCUCCUUCUUUCGCUGAGUUCUAUGCAUCUGUGCUGCUGCAUUCUGGAAUCCCUCGUUCAGUGGCUGCUCGUCUCUUUUGAAUCUUGAGGUCCUAGCAAAAGGUCUUGUGCCUCGGAAGGAAAUGUCAGCAGUCUACCAUGCAGAAGGCCUUGAAGGGUCGUACAGUUAUGAGGAGAGAAAAGAAAGGAGAUCUGAUGUGGAGAACUCUGAGGACGAGAGAAGGAAAACGAGAAUCGGAUCUCUCAAGAAAAAAGCGUUGAAUGCUUCGAGUAGAUUUACACACUCUUUGAAGAAACGAGGGAGAAGGAGAGUUGAUUUCAGGGUUCCUUCCGUUCCAAUCGAGGAUGUUAGAGAUGCUGAAGAGGAGCAAGCUGUCUCUUCCUUCCGGCAACAACUCAUUGCCAAGGACUUGUUGCCUAAUAAACAUGAUGACUAUCACACAUUGCUUAGGUUCCUCAAGGCUAGAAAAUUUGACUUUGAGAAAGCAACCCACAUGUGGGCUGAGAUGCUUCAAUGGAGAAAAGAAUUUGGAACGGACACAAUUCUGGAGGACUUUGAAUUUGAAGAGCUGGAGGAAGUUCUGCGCUAUUAUCCCCAAGGAUAUCAUGGAGUUGACAAGGAGGGAAGGCCUGUCUACAUUGAGAGACUGGGGAAAGCUGAGCCAAAUAAGCUUAUGCACGUAACUACAGUAGAGCGCUAUUUGAAGUACCAUGUACAAGAAUUUGAGAGAGCCCUGAAUGAGAAAUUUCCUGCAUGCUCUAUUGCUGCCAAAAAACACAUUGGUUCCUCCACCACGAUAUUGGAUGUACAAGGCGUGGGCUUGAAGAAUUUCAGCAAGACAGCAAGGGACCUUUUGCUCAAUAUGCAGAAAAUUGAUGGUGAUUAUUAUCCUGAGACACUACAUCAAAUGUUUGUAGUUAAUGCUGGCCAUGGUUUUAAGCUUCUCUGGAAUACUGUGAAAGGAUUUCUUGAUCCCAAAACUACUUCAAAGAUACAUGUUCUUGGAACCAAAUAUCAGAGUAGACUUCUUGAGGCAAUUGACUCAAGCCAAUUGCCAGAAUUCCUCGGUGGUUCAUGUACAUGCUAUUAUGAGAGAGGAUGUCUUAGAUCUAACAGAGGACCAUGGAAUGACCCAGUUAUUUUGAAGUUUGUACAAGGCAUUGACACAACAUCUGCGAGGGAAAACAGACAUACAUCUGAUGGAGAAAAAAUAGGCCAUUCUUGUGUAAGACUACACUCAUCAAAGCGAAGGACUAGUCAAACUUCUGCAGCUGAAUCAGUUUCUGAUGCUGAUGAUCUUUGUUCUCCUGUAAUACCAGUGACUGCUGAUAAUGCUCGUCUGUCUCCAAUUUAUAAAGAAGUCAGAGAAGCAGACAUUACACCUUAUCAGAGCUGUGAUGACCAUUCUGCAACUGUUGAUAAAGUUGUAGAUAAUGGUAGAAGAGGAUCUGGUUUUGCUGUGAAGGCAUCCAAAGAAUUAAAAGAUCUUGACUACACCUCUGCAACUGCUGCCCCACAUUCCUUUGGUAACUCUAUUGCUGGUAAGCACAACAACAUCAAGGAUGAUACAGAAGGAAAGUUGGACUCUUUUGCAAGAACAUUGGUUGCAUUUCUCAUAAAAAUGCUGUCCUUCUUUCGUAUCUUAUGGUCUAGACAGGAUAGGAGGUUGAAUGUUCAUCUAUCAAAUGCCUUGGACUUGGCAUGCAAUAAAAAUUCAACUACGGAAGCUCUCAAGGAAGAUUGUGUCACUUCUUGCAUGGAACGUCUUCAAAAGCUUGAGCUGAUGUUAAAUGAGCUCAGCAACAAGCCUGCUGAGAUUCCUCGAGAAAAAGAGCACAUGAUCCUUGAUUCAAUGGACAGGAUAAAGUGUGUCGAGUUUGAUAUUCACAAGACAAAUAAAGUCCUGCAAGCAACUUUGAUGAAGCAAAUGGAGAUUGAAGCAACAUUAGAAGCUUUAAAAGACUCCGAUAUUAAGGAAACCAAUCACUAUAAGUUUGGCUUUAUGAAUCUUUGCCGAAGAAAUUUUGUUGAUUCCUGAAGUGGAGGUAGCUGUACAUGGAUGAGAUAUCUAUAAAUUUGCAGCGAAGAACGCUUCCUACCAUAUUUCAUGUUCUAUUUUCUUUUACUUGGACUGAUGCAAGAAAGCUGCAUACAAAAUUUUACGAGCAGAUUGUUUGCAGCAUGAGAUCAGAGGCAAGAGGGAGCGGAAAGGGGGAAAAGCUAAAAAAAAAAGAACGAUUCCUCGUUUAUUCUUUUACUACCAUUAUUGAGUUCCAAAAGUUGUGUGCCUUAUUUCGGUACUCGGGGAUGGGAAUGGUGCAGAUCCUGGCACAGAUCCUGGCAUCCUCACAUCACCCUUUCUUCGUCUAGUGACUUUGAAAGUAACAUAUAUGAUUUUUGCUCUUUAAAGUUAGCUUUUGGAUGUAGCACAAGUAGACACCGCCAUCCGACAAGCUGUGUUGAUCUCUCUGUAUAGGAGGAAUAACCUUCUUGCUUCAUGUGACAUGUAACAGUGUUUCCUACACAUUGUGUGUCAUGAUACAGAUUCAAUCUUCCAUGAGUGCAUUUGAACCAAAGUCUGUUGAUGAGGUUCAAGCAAGUCUUCUCUUUUUGUAA